GCUGUCAGGUUACGGCCUGGACCGAAGGCGAUAGUACAGAGUGAAGGGGAGAAAUAGGCGUGUCCCCCUGGUGGUCACCUGGUGGUCACUGGUGGUCACUUGGUGAUGACAGGUAAGGGUGUCCACAGUAGUUCAUUGAUCUCUGCCCUCUCUAUCUUGCUCCAUCUCGACUCCUUACUUAUAGCCAGCCGAGGUUCUCUCUUGGAUUCUGGAUGUUUGCUUCCGUAUGUCUGUGUUCCUCCGACUUCGGUCAAUAUCUCGGAUAGCGGCUCCUUAUCUGCAACCAAGCGAUUCCCUAUCCGCUGCAAACGGCUUCAACGGCUCUCAUUCGCAACAAGCGGCUCUCUAGCCGCCACAAACGGCUUCCUACCUGGUGGAAGCCGGCCCGCCUCGGAUGACACUUGUGGCUCUGACAUCCGCCCAUGGCGUAGUGUCCAGCUCCGUACAUCCAUAUAGCGCCAAGAGGACCCUGUAGCUCCUCUUGAAAUGCGCGGAGGUUUCUGAUGCUUGACCAAUGGUGGUGUUGAGGAGAUUUGGCACGGUGUAUUGUGCAGAGGUGCUGGUAGAGUGAUCUCAGCAUAGGCACUGGGGGUUAUAGUCGAGUUGAUUUAGUCACAAUUGGUUGGAGUCCCUGCAUUUCUGGUAUGAUAAGGCCAAGGUUGACUGUGAAACUAU